GGUUAAUAAACAACUUUUUUCGGUCUCCGAUGGAAUUGCUUUUCUAAGGAAGAUGUCUUUGGACCAUUUUAUUAUGCCUAUUAGAAACUUCAAAGUGCCUCAUUUCUUCUAAAGCUACCCUUUGGGGGUGUUUCCAACCCAUGUAGACUACAGAUGCUAACCCAGUGUACGCAAGCCCCACUUCCAUUCCUUCAAAAUGGCUUACUAUAGCACAACUUCCUGUCCAGAGAGGAAGUAAUUUUAGCCCAAGGACAGAAAUCUAAACCAAUCCUCUCCAACAAAAGCAACCAAUAAUCUCUCUUUUGGCUUGGAAAGGGUGUCUGAACCAGAUGGGGUUAAGCUGCCCCCUCUACAGAGGGGAGUUGGUUGAAGAUGCUAGUGAUGGGGGGUAAGCUCCCUUUAGAUGGAGGCUCCCUCUCUUUUUUUGGGUGGAAAUGAAGGGGUGGGUCUAUGGUACAUCACCUGAGUUGUGGGGUAAAUGUAGAGAGUGUCAAUCAAAGGCAGAGCUCAGAGCUGGGAAGAAAGCUCUAGAUGGCGGCUGUGCCUUGGAGAGCGCGCUGUCUCCCUGCCUUUUUUCAACCCCCUCCGCCACUUUUGCGCAACUUUGCCUAACUUUUGGGCAUCCUCAAGGGGCUCUAGCGGCCCCUUGCCUCUCGCGGGGACUGGCGUAGGGAGGAUCGAGCGUUUUUCGGGCAGAAAAGCAGCUUUUGGGGGCUCUUUCUCCUCGCCUUGUUGGAAAGAAGCAGCCGUGAAGGCAGACCAGGUCGUUGUUUUUCCCAGCUUGGAAGCCAUGGUGUACCUCCAUUUUUGUGCGCGCUCCUAAUGAGCUUUUCCUCCGGAUCUUUUUCUUUUUGGCUUUAAUUAUCGCCUCUGGCGAUUAAGCGAAUGCAGAUCGUUUGGGAUUAAACUCUUAUUUGUUAUAUAUAUUUUUUUUCAAAAGAAAUACGGCUUUUUUCCCCGUCUGGGUUGCCUUUGAAUGCUUUUGGAGCUAAUGUUUUCCCACGACCUGAAACUAAUAUCGGGCUGGACCUGGCGCUGGUGCCUGGAUCAGUAAAUACCUGGGCACAGGACUUCAAAGCAAACACAGCAACCCCUCUACCUUUACCUUAAUAUUUAAGAAUUAAAAUAUGCUGAGAAAUACGGACAAAAGCCAAGGAGAAGAGGGUUCUAUCCACAGCAAUGCAUCGAGGUGGCGAUUCAGAAGCCUUCAUCCGCAGACCAGUAACUUGAAAAAAAUGAGUCACUCGGCGUCAGAAGAGGCUUCGGGGUCAGACUCCGCCAGCCAGUCGGACAGCGAACAGGGCAGCGACCAUGCGAGUGAAUCCAACAGCAGUUCGGAGACCUCGGAGAGCCAGUCCGAAUCGGAAAGCGGCUCGACGGGUUCCAAAUCUCAGCAGACGCCCCCCGAAGCCAAAGAGAAGCCGGCUUCCAAGAAAGAAAGGAUAGCGGAUGUCAAAAAAAUGUGGGAAGAGUAUCCAGAUGUUUAUGGGGUGAGGAGGUCGAACCGCAGCAGGCAGGAGCCCUCGCGCUUUAAUAUAAAUGAAGAGGGUAAUAGCGAGUCUGAGAGUGAGAGCCCCAAAAGAAGAAGCCAAAAGCAAAUGAAAAAAACAGAGAAAUGGAAGAGGGAGUGUUCUGGGGAUGAUGAUGAUGACGAAGAAGAAGAUGACGACGAAGAUGGUCAAGAUCAAGGCACCAGCGCGGAAAGUGAGCCGGAGCAGAAGAAAGUGAGAGCCAGGAGGCCUGUCCUGAGGAGAGCAGUGGCCAAAACCAUUGCGAAGAAGGUGCUCAAGGUCCAGCGUGGGAAGAGGAGGAGGAAAACUGAGUCAUCCGAGGACGACGACGACGACGAGGAUGACGAGGCACCCAAAAGACAGACCCGCCGCCGAGUGGCUAAAAACGUCAGUUACAAGGAAGAUGACGACUUUGAGACGGACUCGGAUGACCUGAUCGAGAUGACGGGGGAAGGGGCUGAGGAGCAGCAGGAUAACAGCGAGACCAUCGAGAAAGUGCUGGACGGGAGGGUGGGCAAAAAAGGAGCCACCGGUGCGUCCACCACCGUCUACGCCACGGAAGCCAACGGCGACCCUUGUGCCGACUUUGACGCCGAGAAGGAGGAAGGGGAGGCCCAGUACCUGAUCAAGUGGAAGGGCUGGUCGUACAUCCACAGCACGUGGGAAAGCGAGGACUCCCUGCAGCAGCAGAAAGUGAAAGGCCUGAAGAAGCUGGAGAACUUCAAGAAGAAAGAGGAAGAGAUCAAGCAAUGGCUGGCCAAGGUCUCCCCCGAAGACGUGGAGUACUACAACUGCCAGCAGGAACUGGCGUCGGAGUUGAACAAGCAAUACCAGAUUGUGGAGAGGGUGAUUGCUAUGAAGACCAGCAAAUCAGCAACACCUGGGUCUGAAUUUCUAGUGCACAACCGCAAAUCCUCCUCCAACGAACCUGAAUAUCUUUGCAAGUGGAUGGGGCUCCCGUAUGCAGAUUCCAGCUGGGAGGACGAGGCUUUGAUAAGCAAGAAAUUCCAGCACUGCAUUGACAGCUUCAACAGCAGGAACAACUCCAAAACCAUGCCCACCCGGGACUGCAAGGUGCUGAAGCAAAGGCCUCGAUUUGUUGCCCUGAAGAAGCAGCCUUCUUACAUUGGCGGGGAGAACCUGGAACUCCGGGAUUACCAGCUGGAAGGCCUAAACUGGCUUGCUCACUCGUGGUGCAAGAACAACAGCGUCAUCCUGGCUGAUGAGAUGGGUUUGGGGAAGACCAUACAGACCAUCUCCUUCCUGUCCUGCCUUUUCCAUCAGCACCAGCUGUACGGCCCCUUCGUGAUAGUGGUGCCCUUGUCGACGCUGACCUCCUGGCAGAGGGAAUUUGAGAUCUGGGCCCCGGAGAUAAACGUUGUAGUUUACAUAGGAGAUCAGAUGAGCAGAAACGCUAUCCGGGAGUACGAGUGGAUCCAUGCGCAGACCAAACGGCUGAAGUUCAAUGUGCUCAUCACCACCUAUGAGAUUCUGCUGAAAGACAAGACUGUUCUGGGGAGCAUUAACUGGGCCUUCCUGGGUGUGGACGAAGCCCAUCGCUUGAAGAACGACGACUCCUUGCUGUACAAGACGCUGAUCGACUUCAAGUCCAACCACCGGCUGCUCAUCACUGGGACGCCCCUUCAGAAUUCCCUCAAGGAGCUCUGGUCUCUGCUGCAAUUUAUCAUGCCGGAGAAGUUUGAAUCCUGGGAAGAUUUUGAAGACGACCACGGGAAAGGACGAGAGAACGGGUACCAGAGCCUCCACAAAGUCCUGGAGCCCUUCCUCCUGCGCAGGGUGAAGAAAGACGUGGAGAAGUCCCUUCCUGCCAAAGUGGAACAGAUCCUCCGAGUGGAGAUGUCCGCCCUGCAGAAGCAGUAUUAUAAGUGGGUGUUAACGAGGAACUACAAAGCACUUUCGAAGGGGACCCGUGGGAGCACGUCUGGUUUCCUGAACAUUGUGAUGGAGCUGAAGAAGUGUUGCAACCACUGCUAUCUCAUCAAGUCGCCCGAGGAAAAUGAGAGAGAGAACACCCAGGAGCUGCUCUUGUCUUUAAUCAGGAGCAGCGGGAAGCUCAUCCUCUUGGACAAACUGCUGACCAGGCUGCGUGAAAGGGGAAACCGAGUUCUCAUUUUCUCCCAGAUGGUGAGGAUGCUGGACAUCUUGGCAGAGUAUUUGACCAUCAAGCACUACCCUUUCCAGCGCCUGGACGGCUCCAUCAAGGGCGAGAUCCGGAAGCAGGCGCUGGAUCACUUCAACGCCGAAGGCUCCGAGGACUUCUGCUUCCUGCUGUCCACGCGAGCUGGCGGAUUGGGGAUUAACUUGGCCUCCGCCGACACCGUAGUCAUCUUCGACUCGGACUGGAACCCUCAGAACGACCUGCAGGCCCAGGCUCGCGCUCACCGGAUCGGGCAGAAGAAGCAGGUGAACAUCUACCGCUUGGUUACCAAGGGGACGGUGGAAGAGGAGAUUAUUGAAAGAGCCAAGAAGAAGAUGGUGCUAGAUCAUCUUGUGAUCCAGCGCAUGGACACCACAGGCCGGACUGUUCUGGACAACAACUCUUGCAGAUCUAACUCGAACCCUUUCAACAAAGAGGAGCUGACGGCCAUCUUGAAGUUCGGUGCUGAAGAUCUCUUCAAGGAGGCGGAAGGGGAGGAGUCUGAACCUCAGGAAAUGGACAUCGAGGAGAUCUUGCGCCUGGCCGAGACACGGGAGAACGAGGCCUCUUCGAGCGCAACGGACGAGCUUCUCUCUCAAUUUAAGGUGGCGAACUUUACAACAGUGGAGGAGGAGGAAGCCGAGCCGGAGGAGAAAUCUCAGAGAGAUUGGGACGACAUCAUUCCUGAGGAACAGCGGAAGAAAGUGGAGGAAGAGGAGCGCCAGAAGGAGCUAGAGGAGAUUUACAUGCUGCCCAGGAUUCGCAGCUCGGCUAAAAAGGCUCAGGCCAACGACAGCGAUUCGGAUGUGGAGAUUAAGAGAAAACUGCAGAGGUCCUCGGGGUCCGAGAGCGAGACCGAGGAUUCGGAUGACGACAAGCGGCCCAAGCGCAGAGGGCGCCCCCGGAAUGUUCGGAAGGAUAUGGUGGAAGGGUUCACGGACACAGAAAUCCGGAGAUUUAUCAAGGCCUAUAAGAAAUUUGGAGUUCCUCUGGAGAGGCUGGAGUGCAUCGCCAGAGAUGCUGAGCUGGUGGACAAGUCCGUGGCCGACUUGAAGCGCUUGGGAGAACUCCUUCACAGCAGCUGCGUUUCGGCCCAGCAGGAGUUCGAGGAACAGCUGAAGGACAACCCGACGGAAAGCAAAGGACCGAGAAAGAGGAGAGGCCCCACCAUUAAGAUUUCUGGUGUCCAGGUGAAUGUGAAAGCCAUUAUGCAACACGAAGAGGAGUUUGCAGUGCUGAACCAGACUAUUCCAACUGACCCAGAGGAGAGGGCCAGGUUCUGCUUGACCUUCCGUACCAAAGCGGCCCAUUUUGAUGUGGAUUGGGGAGUGGAAGACGACUCCCAUUUGCUGCUGGGAAUUUACGAACACGGCUACGGGAACUGGGAGCUCAUCAAAUCAGACCCGGAGCUGAAAUUGACCAACAAGAUCCUGCCCAUCGAGACGGACAAAAAACCUCAGGGGAAGCAGCUCCAGACACGAGCGGACUACCUGCUGAAACUACUCAAGAGAGACAUGGAAAAAAAGGGCAGCGUGGAAGAGGUGGAAGAGACCAAGGUGAGGAAGAGGAAGCCCCGGGUAAAGAAAGAAAACAAGACGGUCAAAGGCAGGGACGAGCACGGGAAUGAACCCUCCUCUCCUCGACACUUGGAUAACCAGUCAGAAGAGGGGAAGGUCAAGGAACAUGGAGCGGACAUGAGCCCUGUGAAAAAGAAGCCGAAAAAAGUCAACAAAGUGAACAAAGACAAGCCGCCCACGGGCAAGAAAGACAAGGAAGGAGAGAAGGAGAAAGAGAAGAAGAGAACGAAGGACAAAAAGAAGGCGGUAACAGAGCCCAAAGCCAGCGAGGCCAAAUCGGGGAUCAAGCGGAAGCGAUCCCAAGGCCCUGUUCACAUCACCGCCGGGAGCGAUCCCGUCCCCAUCGGAGAAGACGAGGAGGACGACCUCGACCAGGAAACCUUCAGCAUUUGCAAAGAGAGGAUGCGGCCGGUCAAGAAGGCUCUGAAACAGCUGGACAAGCCGGAGAAGGGGCUGUCGGUGCAAGAACAGCUGGAGCACACGCGCAGCGGCCUCCUGAAAAUCGGAGAUCACAUCUUGGCGUGCUUGAAAGAUUAUUCCGACCAGGAUGACAUCAAGCUGUGGAGAAUGAACCUGUGGAUAUUUGUGUCCAAGUUCACGGAAUUUGACGCACGGAAGUUACACAAGCUGUACAAGAUGGCCUGUAAGAAGCGGGCCUUGGAUGAGGAGCAAGAUCAGCGGAAGAAGGAGGAGGCCGCGGCAGCAGCCAAGAAGCUGUUCUAUCCGGACCCUCCCGGACCAAGCCGAGAUGCCAUCAUGCCCCAGCUCCCGCAUGGCCCUCGUUCCCAGAAGCUCCCCCAGCCUCCACCGCACCCUUCCCAGAUGCACGGCCAACAGCGGGAUAACUACAGCCACCCGAACAAAAGGCACUUCAGUAACGUCGAGCGAGGAGACUGGCAGAGGGAGCGGAAAUUCAACUACGGCGGCAACGCCAACCAGAUGUGGGGCGGAGAACGGCACCACCAGUAUGAACCCUGGUAUAAGGACCAACGCUACGGAGACCGCCGUCCGCGUGGCGAGACUCAACGCAGCUCGGGGAACUACCGGCUGAAUAACCCAUCUCGCAAGCGGCCCUACGAGCAGUACAACAGCGACCGCGACCACCGAGGACACAGGGACUAUUACGACAGGCAUCACCAUGACUCCAAGCGGCGAAGAUCAGAUGAGUUCCGGUCCCAGAAUUACCACCAGCAGGAGUUCAGGAGGAUGUCCGACCACCGGCCUCCCAUGGGCUACCACAGUCAGGGCCCGUCGGACCAUUACCGGCCCUUCCACUCAGACAAAUCGGCUGAUUACAAACAGCUGCUUCCACCUCCUCACUCCCAAGCCCCAGACCCUCGCUCCCCACCCUCCCAGAAAUCCCCACUUGAUGCCAAGUCUCCCCUCGACCACCGGUCGCCCCUGGACCGGCCUUUAGAGCAGAACAAUCCAGAUUACACCUGGAGUGGCCGGAAGGCAUAGAGCUCGAGGCAGGGAAUGAGAGGAGAGAGAACCACCCCUGAGGCAACUUGAUCGGAAGUAAAACAUCAGCGGCUGGCUGCACAUGCCUGGAUUGCAGGAACAGCCAUACUUGCUGAUGACCAAUGUUCUGCCAGGUCGGCAUCCCUCACACCUUUCUCCGCCUUAGGAGAAGCAUCUCCGUUUGGGAUUUCCCCCAGUGUUCUUACAGAGAUAAUACAGGAACCACCCCGUGGUUUGUCAUUUCAUCUGGACGUGCUGCUGUUGGGGUUCCGCGUUUUAAUCAGGAGGACCGUCGGAGCUGGAGGAGAGAUGGGGGCAUAAAUCCAGACUAAGCCCCGACCUCUCCUCCCAUAAUCCCACUGGUCGGGUAACAGGAGUAGUCUUCUCCGCACCCGAGUGACCCGUUGGGGAAAAGGCCGCGCCCACCCUGGCUUUGGUGUUUCUGUCUGAAGGCCAAACUUCAGACAUAAACACCAAAGCCCACGAACCUUCAGACAUAAACAUCAAACCCCACGAACAUUCACAGAACUUGUCUAGAUGGCUGCUUCCGUAGGUGAUGGAUGGACGGAGGAGGAGACCGUAUGACGUUGGC